AUGGGACUUGGGGCAAGUAAGGCUAGCAACCCGCUUCCCUGGUACUUUAAAUAUGAUGCUGGCAACAAUCAGAGCAAAAUGCCUCGGACCUUUGGAGGUGAUGGUGUCCCACCUCUAACUGACAAACCAGGGACUCCUAAGAUACGACUUGGCAAACAAACGGUAAUGAGAUGGGUAGCUAUUAAUAUUAAUGGGGGCUACUCUGGGAAGAAGGUAGAGCUGGCAGAGGCUGCAAGUAAGAUGGGGCUGGACGUUUUAGCUGUUAGUGACAUUCGGGUAAGGGGUGAGAAAGAAGAGGAAGUGGGAGAAUACAAGGUCUACCUGUCAGGAGUCAAAGCAGGAAUAGCACAAUGGGGUGUAGGUCUUUACAUCAGGAAAGAAAUGGAACCCAGCGUAGUUGCAAUAAGGUAUGUAAACGAACGACUGAUGUGGAUAGAUUUGACAGUGUCUAGCAAGAAAAUUAGGAUUGUGUCAGUAUAUUCGCAUUGUGAAGGGACAGAUCAAGAUAAGAUGGAUAGUUUUUAUGAGGCACUCAGUGAUGUAGUUGUUAGAGUAAAGGACAAGGACAGUGUUCUGCUCAUGGGUGAUUUUAACGCCAGGAUUGGAAAUCGAACAGAAGGGUAUGGAAAGGUUAUGGGUAAAUUUGGAGAGGAUAUGGAGGCCAACAGGAACAGGAAACAACUCUUGGAUUUCUGUGCCAGACUGAGUGUUGCAUCAACUGCAAAAAGACAAGAAAGUAUUGGUGGAAAAUGCAUUAAUGAGGAAAAGCAUUUAGAGCCUCCAGUCUAG